ACAAAAAAAACUUACCCCUCAAAAAAAAAAAACUUGGUCCCGUUCGGGAAGCCACACUCCACUCCGGCACCGGCGUCCCCGGGGUGCAACAGGAGUGGCAGCCUGCCACCGGCGUCCCCGCUCUGGCACCGGGACGGCGCUGCUCUCCCUGAAUCGAUGGAAGCAGAGAACAAGACGCACUCGCAGCCACCGCCGUUAUGGUCAGACCUGCCGCUGUACCUGGCAGGCCUGGUGCUCAGCCUGCUCCCCGCGUACGCCGACCGCGCCCGCUUCGCUGCGGUGUGCCCGCAAUGGCGCGCCGCCGCGAGGCAGAAGCUCCAGACCCCUGCGCUGCCCCUGCUCGCGCUGCCAAACCGCACCUUCUACAGCAUCCCCUAUGAUAAGGCCUUCCGCUUUCCAGGGUGCGGCUUUGCUGGGUACAAGAGCGUCUGUGGCAGCUGGCUUGUCUUCCCCCGCGACGAUGGGUGCUUCCUUGUCAACCCUUUCUCCAGGGCGGUCGUGACGCUCCCUCCUCUCUCGAGCGUCCGACUCCGGCCUCCAAAUGCAGUCGCUAAAUGGUCACUUGAGCACGGGUCAAAAUAUGCCGACCCUUACCCUACAUGGAUGCAUAUCAAUAAGUCAAAGAAGCUGCACGCAAUUAAGCUAAUCCUGUGCUCGUCAAACCUUGUUGCCGCACUGGUCGGCGUUCAACACACUAGUCAGAUCCUAAUCUGCCAGCCAGGGGCCUUGUCGUGGUCGGUACGCGCGUGUGAUGAAUGUAAGGAUUUUGAAGACAUGGCAUUCUACCAGGGCAAGCUCUAUGCCCUUGACGAUGACGAGAACCUCCUUGUGGUGAACAUCAGCAACGACCAAAGCACCGGCGAUCCACAGGUUUCUCGGAUUGGAAGGGUCAUCGAGGGCAAGGCGGAUUUCAGGUUAUACUAUGUUGCGUCUGAAGAGAACGGUUUGCCCGUCAAGAAGCUCUAUCUGGUUGAAUCGCGUGGCAUGUUGCUGAUGGUACGCAGGAAUAUUUGGUGCUAGGUUCCUGAAAUUAGACCUGGAGGGCCUCGUAAAGCUAUUGCUGGACAAAGCGAGUUUGAGGUAUUUGAGGCUGAUUUUGAGCACUCGCGAUGGAUCAAGGUGUCGACCAUGGGGGAUAACCAGGUGCUGUUUCUGGGUCGAAGGUGCUCCAGGGCUGUGGCCGUGUCUCGGUACGGGUUGUUGGGCAAUCACAUCUUCUUCUUGGACGAUGAUGACGAGUAUCGUGUGGACUACAGUUACGUCGAGGAGAACACAGAAUGCAGUGCCUAUGACAUGCAACUCGGCGACAUCUCUUCUCCUCAUCCAAUGAUUUCCUGGAAGCGCCGCAAGGAGAUGCGUCUGGCAGCAUGGCUAUUCCCCCAGGACUGAAUUGAAGGUGUUGCAUUGUUGUUGGGUUGUUGCUAUAUAUAAGCUACUCCCAUGCUAUCUGACCAUGCGAUAGAUGUUUAUUUUGCUGGCUGCUCACAGGUUAAUGGUAUGGUGUUCGGUGGUCUCAUGCAAGCUGUGAAAUGCGUUAGUAUAACUUGCUUAUGCCGUUAGUUGCCAUGUGUAUCAGUAAAUUGCCUGAACUAAAUAUGGUGUUUACUAUGGAAGCUGUUGACUCCAUCAGUUUUCAAGUACAAUUGUGGUCAUUGCUAUGUCAGUAAAUGAUCUUAAAAUGCAUCAUUGCUUAUCUGUAUCUUCCGUUUGAUGAU